GUCAGAACGGCUUGUACAGUUGUGUCAGAAAUAUCCAAACCUGAUAGUCAGGUAUCAACAGGAUAUCAUGGAGUUUGUUAGCGGACUGAAAAAUCUUGGACCAGCCAAAGAGAAUUUCUUCGUUCACUUGGUGUGGGUGAUUGGCGAGUUUGCCUCUUCUUCACAUGACAGUGGAUGUACCGUUCAAAACAUUGUGCAAUAUUUCGAGGCGUUUGAAGCUUUAACAUAUGAAGUUGUGAUGCAGAAUGCACCAGGAAAGGUUUCUUUCAGUGGUAGACUUGUCUCAGUUCUGAUGACAACCUUGGCCAAGCUUGCAUCCAGAUGUCAAGAUGUAAUACAGAGAGCUAUUUUAUGCUUGAGCAAAGUGGUCCGGCAGAAACCAGAGCUUCUUUCAGAUUCAGAGUGUUACCCAGAUCUUCUGAUGCGAGCCCAGGAGCUUAUCAACCUUCUUAAACUACCCAACGUUGCACCUGUGAUAUUGAGCCCAGAUUCAGAAGUUUACAGCGGAAGGUGGCACAGAGACCGAAAUUCGUCGUUACCUCUUCUCCUUCGCACUUGUGAUACAAUUCUUGCUUCGUGAGUUCAGCAGGAUAGCGUGAUUUCAACCGGCUUGUGGAACUGUAACCUGCUUUUUAUUGAUCCCUGUACAACACAAUCAAAUCUUCAUAAUAUGAAGUUCGCGACCGCCGGAACAAGUCGCAAGGAAACUCAAGAGCAUUGCAUUCGCUUCUCAGUGGCUAAAUAACGCAGGUAUACGAGAACUUUUCAUCCAUGCCCAAAGUUCCCGCAGCUAGUAACAGGCUAACCGAGGCACUUAUCUCAGUCAUUUUUCCUUUUUUUGUUGUGUAUAGUCAUCCUUAACACCCUAAAUACCUAGGAAGAGAAUUUAAUCAUGAACAUUGCCUCAAUCAUAAUUUUUUUCUGGUUACGGCUCUGAAGUUAGUAAGCAAGGACAGUCGUGAAAUUUUAGGUAAUUUGAAAGGACCUCAUCAAAGGUGGAACCUUGAAAAGUUCUUUAAUGAACUGAGGUGAACUUGGUUACUUUAUUAUCAGAGAAAAAAUUUCCUUGCCCAGUUUUCGAACACGAAGAACAAGCCAAGUAAGUUAACUAAGAGAGAGAGAGAGACAAAAAUUAUAAUUUAAACAUUAUGGUGAUAAUAAUGCAGUAGGACUAUGUACAGAAUAUAUACUUUUUAUUGAAUUGUAAAAGCGUCUUAAUAAAUAAUUUAU